UGCAACUCUUUCUGAAAUAUAAAUUACAUCAUACAUAACUGAUUGAUUUCAAUUCAUAUUUUCUUUAUUACCAUUAAUCUAUUUUCAUGAGUUCUAAUCACUAUUUCAAUGUUCUGGAACUUUCCCUUUCUAACUUUAUUUAUUUAUUCGAACCAAACAUUUUAUGAGCUCAUUAACUCUAUCUGAAUCUUUGCUUGCUACAUCAUCAUACAUAUGUAUUGAUCCUUAAUCACACUCUUAUGUAUAAAUAUGUCAAUAUCUGUAAUAAUGUUGAAUUUUAAAUAUUUUAGGUUGUAAGCAGCUGAUGAGAACCUAACGAAAUAAAAUGAAUUCAUAUUAUUCUGCACCAAUCUUUGUUCUUGCUCUAUUUAAGAUAAUAAAGGGAACUAUGUGUAUGAAAUUUCUCAAAAUGCGUCUCCCUGCACAGUCAUUCAAGUCACUGAAUCGCCUGGUGACAAUACGCUGCAGAAUAUCGAGAGAAAUAACUCGACUAAAGUUUUUUGAUGAAUGUCUUAAGUCAUGCCGUUUCCCACGUCAGUUCCUAAAGUCUUUACGCUCAUUUAAACUUCCGCCUUCUCUUAAAAAUCUUCGACGCAUCACAAAAUCUCACAUUGAAUCAACAAAGUUACUGAUUGAACGUUUGAGGGCAGAAACUAAUGCCUUUGAUGAUUUAAUCAACAAUCUAAGUAUCGUAUGUCGCAUAAAAUUUAUCAACUUUAUACAAGAUCUGCAAAGCAAAAUAUGCAAGAAUUUCCACGUAACUUUGUCAAAGACGCUGUCAAAGGAACAAUUAUGUUUUGGCUUUCCGGAAAACCCCGAAAAGUUUCUCUAUAAUCUAUCAACAAUGAAGUUAAAUCAGAUAGAAACAGAAGCCUUGUCACUUGGAUUUAAAUUUCAUAUUCCCAAAACACAUGCCGACAGAAUCGACACAGAAACUCAAUUUGAGAAUUUAUUUGAUCAAAUUAAAGAGUUGCACCCAGUUAGUGAAGAAAAGAAAGGCUGGUUUAAAUCUAAAUUAGUCGAUAUUGCAAACCAAUAUCUUGUUUCACCCGCACCACAGUCUAAGCUUUUAUCCAAAGACCACCAAACAGCAUUACGAAAUAUUAAACGAAAUGACGAUAUAAUGAUAUUACGGUCAGACAAAGGCUCAAGUGUUGUUCUAAUGAACAAAACAGAUUAUGUUUUUAAGAUGAAGUCCAUCUUGAAUGACCAUAUGAGAUUCAAGUUAGAGAAAAGUAACAAAGACUUAACUGAUUCCAUUGAGAAAAGAAUCACCAAAGUACUCAGAGAUCUUCUGAAAAAGAAGAUGAUCGAUAACUCUACUUACAAUAAUCUACGACCUCGUGGGUCUCGUUUGCCCCACAUGUAUGGAUUACCAAAAAUACAUAAACAAGGUUAUCCUCUUAGACCUAUCUUGUCAAUGAUCAAUUCACCAUACCACAAAGUUGCACGAUGGUUAGCAGAUAAGUUAGAACCAGUGCGUCAACGAUUAGCCACCUAUACGCUAAAGGAUUCAUUUGUAUUUGCUGACAGCAUGAAUCACAUAAAUAUUGCUGAUAAGUUUAUGGUUUCUUUUGAUGUAACAUCUUUGUUUACAAAAAUACCACUUCUUGAGACCAUAGACAUAAUUUGUCAACAUUCUGACAUCCUACCUCUACCAGUACCAGAAUUCAAACGACUAUUACUCAUUUGUACAAAAGAUGUUCAAUUCCAGUUCAACGAUAUCAUAUACAAACAAACCGAUGGUGUAGCGAUGGGAAGUCCGUUAGGUCCUGUCCUAGCAGAUAUUUUCAUGGCUAACCUCGAAAGAACCAAACUCAAACGAGCGAUUGAUGAAAUGACGUAUUAUUCGAGGUAUGUUGAUGAUACCUUCAUCGUAUGUAAUAAUAAACAACAAGCAAUAAAUCUGCUAGAGUUUUUCAACGAAGCACAUCCGAAUAUCCAUUUCACUAUGGAACAUGAAAAAGAAAACAAGUUCCAUUUUCUCGAUAUCGCGAUGAAAAGAAGAAAAGAUGGUACAGUUCAACGUUCAGUUUAUAAGAAAGACACAUGGAAUGGUAGUUAUCUUAAUUUCAAUAGCUUUUGUCCAAUCAGUUACAAAAAGGCACUGGUCAAAACACUGUUUUACAGAACAGAAAGAAUAUGUACUUCCGAUACACUAGAAGAGGAAGUUAUGAAUGUUAAAAAAUGUUUAAAGAAUAACGGAUACCCACUGAAAUUUAUUGAGAAAUACGGCAAAUGUGAAGAUAAAAAACUGAAAGAAAUUACAGCAAAUAAAAAGCCUAUUUUUAUUAAACUUCAAUUCAAAGGUGACGAUGUCACAGGAUCAAUCAAUAUGAGACUAAAAACUGCACUGACAAGAACCUAUCCUGCAGCGAAAUUGAUUGUCCUGUCCAAAACAACAUGUUCUUUGACACAAUCAAAGGUCGACAGGUAUCCCUUUCAUGUUACCACCAACUGUGUAUACAAAUUUACAUGUACCUGCCAAAGCAGUUACAUUGGUAGAACAGAAAGGAGAGCCUACGUCCGAUUCAAAGAACAUAUUCCGAAAAGUUUAAGAUUGAAUGGAUUGAACUCAUUCAACAGUGCUAUCGCAAGACAUCUCCUUGAUACAGGACAUAAAGCUGAUAUACUGAAGUCCUUCAAGGUGAUUAACAAACAAUCAAACUCGAACCUUUUGAAAUUCGCUGAAGCGUUAGCAAUCAAACGUUUAAAACCAGAUCUAUGUAUACAAAAAGAGACGGUAAUAAAUCUUUCUUUACCCUGGUAACAAUAACCCUCACUCUUUCUAUUAAUUUGCUCCUAUUUAUUUAUUUAUUACGUCAUUAUUGCAACUCUUUCUGAAAUAUAAAUUACAUCAUACAUAACUGAUUGAUUUCAAUUCAUAUUUUCUUUAUUACCAUUAAUCUAUUUUCAUGAGUUCUAAUCACUAUUUCAAUGUUCUGGAACUUUCCCUUUCUAACUUUAUUUAUUUAUUCGAACCAAACAUUUUAUGAGCUCAUUAACUCUAUCUGAAUCUUUGCUUGCUACAUCAUCAUACAUAUGUAUUGAUCCUUAAUCACACUCUUAUGUAUAAAUAUGUCAAUAUCUGUAAUAAUGUUGAAUUUUAAAUAUUUUAGGUUGUAAGCAGCUGAUGAGAACCUAACGAAAUAAAAUGAAUUCAUAUUAUUCUGC